UCGCCCUUUAGUGCCUUGAGUAGAAAACCUUAGAAUUGCAAAAAUAUCCUUCACAACUGAAAAAAAUGGACCAGGCCCAAAAUACUGUACUGUAUCAACACUUAUACUACUAUGAAUAAUAAUCUUUCUGAUAUGAAUCAAAGCUCGCUCCUUAUAAAUAUUUGCUUUAUCCAUACUUCUUGUUUUACUUUGGGUGUGAUAAAUAAAUCGUAGCAGUUCCAAGACGGGGCAUCUUCUCCAUACCUCAAAUGGGGGCAAUUGAUUCUAUUUGAUGUUAAAAAAAUAUAUGACAUGUUUAAUUCAGUUGAUAAAAAAUAAUUCUAAAUUUAUCAUUUGGUAAUUUUGACUCCAUGAGUCAUAAUAAAUGGUAAUUUUGCGUAUGUGGGUCAUAAUGAAAGAUGAUUUCGGUUGAUAGUUAUAUUGAUAAUUUUGACCCUUUCAGACAUUAUUUUGUUUAUUUGUUGACCCCACUAUCAGAAUAUUCUAGCUCUAUCCUUGGUUCCAAGUGUUGCAUGAUACUGGCAAUCAUAUAAUAACAUGUAUAUUGUCCUUGACUUUUUUUGAAGAUAAUAACUUGUAUUGUCCACACGUCAAGUGGGAUACCGUCCAUGAACAGGAGAAGAAAUUUUCAUAAGGAGCAGAAGAAAAAUCUGUCAGGUGCCCUAACUCGUGGAAUCUUAAAUAGCGGGACAAAAACCAAAGGCCAAGUAUCUCUGACCCUAUGCAGCAGCCUGAAGAGCUUUCGUCUCUCUUUCUUCGAAUCACCAGGAACAUAUCUAGAAGAAUAAGGGCAAUAACCCUAAGCUUCAACAGCUUAUGGCAGACUUCCACAGCUGACAGGACCUUGGGCAACAUAGCAGGAGACGACUGGGAGAUUCCUUAUCCUUCUUAAAAGAGAACAUCUACUAACCAGCAUUUUUCCUGUCUCUUUCUCUCUUCCUCUCUCUCUCUAUAUAAAAACAUUACCCCUAGUUAAAAUCUGUUCCCAGCCUGCUUCCAAACAAAUAGAGGCAACAUGGUGCAGAAAGAGGUUGCUCUAUAUACUGCUUCUAAGGCUAACAGUGAAUUUUGCUGGUUUGAUAUUGAUGGAGAUUUAGAUCCUCUUUUCAAGGAAUACUGGUGCAAAAGGUUGCAUCCCAAGAAUGUAUGUGAAAAGGUUUACAGACAGCCUCAUCUACGUGAUUCUCUGAAGAAGGGUAAGCUUAAAAAGCAAGAUUUUGCUGUUACCAAGCAGAAGACAGCUCUUGUCCUGGCUGCUGACUUGAUUGGGAAAAAGAUCCAAUAUGAUUGUCCUGGUUUCUUACCCAACAAACGUCAGGUGAUUCAUUUAUUGCAAUGACUUCAAUAUUUCUGUUCUUCCUGUGGUUUUUUACUUUUCUUUGGAUAUUCUGUUUUCUCUCCUCUCUACUUAUUUAAAUAAUAAUUUUUUUCUGAUCAUUUAAUCUGUCAUGCUAAACAUUUUCCAUUUUCUAACUCUACUUAUGAUUGUUCCUUUACUGGGAAAAUUCUGCUAACCUCCUAAAGAUUUAGGAAAAAUAAACUCUUUUCCAUCUUGUCUUUUGGAAAACUAGGACUUCAAAGAUAUUUUUUAAUUGUUAGUUUUUUUAAUUUGCACAUGUUUAUGCAAAAGCAGUAUGACAGGAUCAUUAUCUGUAAUAGUAGCUGGUAUGAAUGAAAAUAGUUUCUAGAAAACAUUAAAGAUAUUUUUCGUAAUUCAUUUCAAAUUCAUGUCACAUUUGUCUAUCAUUUUCUGGAAGUUUGUUUUUAUUUUCAACUGCCACACAUUCUGUACAUAAACAUAUACAAAUUAGGAAAUGAAGACUAGAAAAUGUUUUCAUUUGCCAAAGGGAGCCUAUUUUUUUGUCAUUUAAUCCUGUUUUACUAAAUAGAACAAUGUUAGAUAACAUUUGAACAGGUGAAACAAUAAAAAUUGUAAAAUAUAUUUUUUCCAAACUUAAUAACUAUUGGUUUCAACUGAAAGAAAGAAGUAUAAAAAAAUUUAUAAUCCAUGAUGAUGUAGGACAGAGACGGCUUGAGCAUGAUACUUCCAAGGACAUCUAUAAGAACUAAAGUUAGAUAUCUAGGAUCUUGACAAUCAAAUCUGUAACUCAGUAUUUGUAUAAUAGUCAUAUGGACCAAAUAAUUGGCUUAUGAUACCCAAUUUAUAGGUACUAUAUUACAUUCAAAAUAGAAAUUCUUGAGUCUAUGCAGGAGUUUUACUAAAUAGGAAAAUAAACUAAUUGAUUAGAAUAACCUAUAAUAGAUAACUAAAUUAGAUCCUAAGUAAGUAGGAAAAGUAAUAAACUUAUACCAUUCAUAAGAUUAUAGAUUUUAGUUGCUAAAUAAGCUAAAUAUUUUAGUAAUAUUUUAACAUAGCAAUUACAUAAAAAUGUAUCUUAUUAUCAAAAUAUGUCCACUUUAGUAUCUUUUUGUUCUGCAUCACAUGAAUAAACAUUUAGACUCUGCAUUCAUUUACUUCUUGUUAAGAAUAAAAAACCCAUAAUAUUAUCCAGAAGGCACCAUGGAACUGCCACCUGUGUAUGAAGGAUGAUGUAUAUUAGAUAGAAGACUAAGGAUCAAUGAGGUCGCCUAGCUCUUUCUCAUUGGUAUAGGCUAGCCAUAAAGCCUGUCAAAGGGUGAAGUAGAGCAAGCUUUUGAUUGUUUUUACUUGUAAUUUGAUUCUGAAUCUGAAUACAGCUUUUUGAUUUUAUCAUCUUCUUCACCUAGUACAGCUUGAAUUUAUUAUUAUUUUAAUAUUUAACAGAAAAUAAAGACUGUCAUUUAUGGUUAUGGAGGAGCAUUCUUUUCCUUUUCCAUUAUUUUUCCUAAUAUGCUUCGUGACUAAUGAUUUCGACUGAAGGAAGCAGAAAGCUAUAGUUUAGAAAUUAUGAUAAGAUAGAGCUUGCAAUUAAUUCUUUUUCAUGAAAAGAAAAAGACAAAAUAAAGCAUGCAAUUGGAUUCCCCUUCAAACUGUUGUAUUCUCCUUCUCUCUCGCAAUCUCCCUAUCUAAGUUCAAGUUGCUAGUUCAACUCAACUUGAAGUUAGGGAUUUUAGUUCCUUCAACA